AUGCUCCUACUAUCUGACAUUUCGAUUCAGAUACCACCCGAUAAGCAAAACCAACGAGACGCCUGUAUAACUGAAGGCAUACCGGAUCCAGUUGACUGGAGACCUCUACUCGAGGCGGCGCUGAAGCACUUGGAGGAAAAGGAGCUCAUUACGAUUACUAUAGCAGACUCGGCCUUAACGGAUGUCGAAACCGCCAACCUUCAGUCGGAGGUGCCAAAAUCAUCCUUCUAUUCUGGUCAGUGA